AUGGGCGCCCCGGGCCGCCCGACGACUCCCACGGGACAGCGAGGCCAGCCGCGGGCCGCCCGGGCGCAGGAAGAUGGCGGACGUGGCCCUCGGCAAGGAUAAGUGCGGGGAGCAGCGGCUCGUGUCGCUACCGCUGUCCCGCAUCCGAGUCAUCAUGAAGAGCUCCCCCGAGGUGUCCAGCAUCAAUCAGGAGGCCCUGGUGCUCACGGCCAAGGCCACGGAGCUCUUUGUUCAGUAUCUAGCCAGCCAUUCCUACAGACAUGGCAGUGGGAAAGAAAAGAAAGCGCUGACUUACAGUGAUUUGGCGAAUACUGCGGAGGAAUCAGAGACUUUUCAGUUUCUCGCAGAUAUAUUACCGAAGAAGAUCUUAGCUAGUAAGUACCUGAAAAUGCUUAAAGAGAAGCGGGAGGAAGAGGAAGAGAAUGAGGAUGAGGAAAGCGGUAAUGAGGAAGCGGAGUCCUAAGCUAGGACAGAUGUGCUGUGAAGGAAGGUCGGCGUGUAAGGAGUUGUGGAGUGCAGCGCAGGCCUCUGCACCCGGCAAGCCCCCCAGCUCCCCCCCCCAGCCAGUCCCCCGCUGCCGCUCGGCUUCCAUCCCACACUUCCAGCACGCUGGAUUUCCUGGCUAAGUUGGCAUCUCCUGCACCUACACCACAGAGCCCAGGGCAGACAGCCCGACAGCAAGCAGCAGCGACGGCCUGCAACACCUGCAGGCCUUCCAGAGGCGUGCUGGCAGCGGGCCACAGCUGGCACCCAAGCCUGAUGUGCAGUGUUCACCCAUAACACAUGCUGAACUUAAAACAACUGGAAAGGUUUUACUAAAUAUGUAGUUGAUACAUAGAAUGUGACCUGUGAAUUUUUGUAUUUUUUUUUUAAAUUGACUAUUCACUUUUUACUGUAAGGAAGUAUCCUGUCCGUUUCUAUUAAACAGCUAGAUGUAUUUUGACAGUAAAAUGCUUUGUGAAGUAAUUCUAGGCCCUUGUUCUAAUGUCAAACCUGAAAAUUCUUGUGAAACCUGAAAGCCAGCAUUUGUUGGGGGUGUGGUUCGGGGUAGACCACUCAGCUGGCCUGUGUGCCAGCAGGGCUCCCUAGCUUCUUUUGUUCCUGGAAAAAAAAAAUUCAAAUUAUCAAGUGAAAUAUAAAAAGCUAUUUUCUCCACACACAGAAAUUGUUCUUUAAUAUUUUUGUAAAUUGAAGAUAAUUUCUCAUGCUUUGUUCUUUAAAUACUAAUUAUUUUUACCAUCUGUAGGAGAAAACGAUUAAACCCUACUUUAUUUUUAA